UUUGUUACCCAGAAAUGAGGCAGAUUCUUUCAAUGAGGCAGUUGGAAGGAGAAGGGAGCAGAAGGUAGGAAGGAAGGAAGGAAGUGCCAGCUGUUCAGUUCCUGACUCAUCCUCCCGCCUGGUUCAAGCUCAAAGCCAGAGGAAGCUGAAUCAGCAUGCAGCCAGAGUAAAGUCUAGCAGGUGAUCGUGCUCUUGUUUGGUGCAGGCCUGAAGGCUCCUCAAAGACGUUGGCUUGUGACUGACAGCAAUGGGUUCACCUGUUCAGCUCCUGGCCUGGAUGUGUCUUCCUCUGCUCUUGGUUGUGCACUGUGCAUCACAUGGUUCCCUUGUAAAAGUCAACAAGGGUUUAAAAGUGAAACGAGGCCAAUCGGCCUACCUUCACGUGGAGGACUUGCAGUUCCACAUUCCCCAUCAGAAGGAUUCGUGCAAGUUGGAGGUGGUGAUGAACGAGCCCAUAACUCAGCGAGUAGGAAAACUGCUGCCUCAGGUGUUUGAUUGUGAUUAUCUGGCCGAUGAAGUAAAGUAUGUCCACAACGGCUGCCCGUUGUUGAAAGAAGACACUGUCAAGCUUCGCCUGUACAGGUUCACAGAGACAGAGACAUACAUGGAGGUCUUUUCCAUCCAUGUAGAAAUUAUGGAGCCUGAGUGCACCAUCAUUAGGUUGGGGCCAAAAUCCCUGGAGGUUCCUGAGUUCUACAGCCUCUCGAAUGCUGUGGAUGGAAAUGUGGUCUCCUUCCACUAUGAAAGGAGGUCAAGCUUGGAAUGUAGCAUCCAUCUGAAUAGCCAUGACACCCAUCUGCCAACCCACGGGCAGCUGGUCACAGGGGAACCAGAGGAAGCCGUCAGGAGAGGGGAUGAGCCGGAGACAUUCAUCCAUUUGCGUCAGCAGCUGGACAACAAAGCCAGAGCAAUGUGUAAAUCUGAAGACUGCCUGAAGGGUCUGAAGCUGGUGAGGUUUACCACAGUUUCCUGUGAGGACUUCCUGGUGAUGGGGCUGAGGUACCAGCACACAGACCCUCCAUCUCCACAGGUAGAUUACAUCGCAGUCAGACUGGAUCUGAAGGACACCAGGAGUGGCAGCAUAUAUCAGUCUGAACAGGCCUGGAUCCCAGUGCAGAUCACUGGUGCAACGCCCAACCAGCCCCCCAAACCAGCCUACAUGUCCAUGUUUAUUCUGGAAGUAGAUCAGUUCAUCCUUACUCCGCUCUCCACUGCUACACUGGAUGCUGAAGACGAAGAAACUCCCAAACAGCUUUUAGUGUUUAACAUCACGACGCCUCCUCAGGACGGCUUCAUCACCCAUCUGUCUGACCACACUCGCCCAGUCUCCUCCUUCACGUGGCUUGAUCUCAACGACAUGCUCGUUGGAUAUCAACCUGCUAACUUCUCACAUAACCAACGUAGGAACUAUGAGGUGGAGUUUGAAGUUCAUGACUUUUAUUUUGAGAAGAGCCCGACACUAACUGUUCACAUGUCUGUGAGGACUGCAGAUACAAACGCUCCCAGGGUGUCCUGGAACAUGGGUCUCAGCCUGUUAGAGGGUCAGUCUCGUCCAAUAACGUGGGAACAGCUUCAGAUUGUGGACAACGACAACCUGGACGCCGUUCGUAUCAUAACUGUGGACGGCCUGCAGCAUGGACGGCUAACAGUCAGAGGUGGAAAGGGCUUCAUGUUUACUGUCAAUGACAUAAAAGGGGGAGUGGUCUGCUAUCACCAUGACGACAGUGACUCCACCAAAGACUUCAUAAUCUUUCGCAUCACUGACGGUCAUCAUCAGACCCGACACAAGUUCCCCAUCAAGAUCCUCCCCAAGGAUGACACGCCUCCUUUUCUUAUCACCAACAUGCUGCUGGAGGUCCCUGAGGGCCACACCGCUCUGCUGAGAGGCUCCAUCCUUCAGGCCUCUGACAUGGACUCCAGUGAUGACUACAUCCUCUUUAACAUUACCCGCCCCCCUCAAUCAGGGGAGGUUAUGAAAAUUCCUGGACCAGGGAAAACAGGUUACCCUGUCAGCCACUUUCUGCAGAAGGACCUGUCUCAGUCAACGGUUUACUAUCGUCAUCUUGGACAUGAGGUGUCUGAUGAUUGGUUUGAGGUGGUACUGUCUGAUUUCCAUGACCCACCCAACCUAUCAGAGGCUCAGGUGGUGAUGGUGCACGUCGAGCCGGUUCCAGACAAACCACCUAAAGAGGUUCCAGGUUCCAGUCGGUGUCUUGUGCUGAAAGAAACAGACGUAGUCCACAUCACACGGCAGCAGCUUCACUUUGCAGACCCGCAGUCAGCUGACAGAGAGCUGACGUUUACUGUGACUACUCCACCUUUUUACUCUCGUCCCCACCGCAAUCCGGACGCAGGGAGGCUGUUUCUGGUCGACAGCAUACCCAAAUUUACCAAAGACGCCAACGCACCAAUGCUGAAGGUCUUCACUCAGCAUGCAGUAAACUUCAUGAAAGUAGCCUACAUGCCUCCAAUCAUGGACAUCGGCCAGUACCCCCAGCAAAUCCAGUUUGUUCUCUCUGUAACCAACCAUCUAGGUAAAACAGUCACUGGGAUCUGCUUUAACAUCACUGUGGAGCCAGUGGACAACCAGCCGCCACAGGUUGUUACCAAGCCUCUGACCGUAGAUGAGGGAGGGGAGUGCAGGCUUGGCCCUGAACACGUGCUGCUGUCGGAUCAGGACUCUUCAGAAGAAGCUCUGCGGGUGGAGCUGCAGAGGGAGCCACAGCAUGGGGCUCUGCAUCUCAGUGGCCUCCUGAUGAAACCAGGACAAAGCUUCACUCUGCAAGAUCUGAAAAGCCACAAAGUUAGGUACAGUCAUGACAGCUCAGAAACUACACAGGACAACAUUGAAUUCACUGCAACAGACGGGACCAGUUCAGUUAUUUUUGUCUUGCAAGUGAUGGUGAAGCCCAUCAAUGAUGAGGUCCCAGUAGUCGGUGCAGGUUUGAAACCAGGUCUCAGCUGUGCAGAGGGGCAGGAAGUAGUCAUCACCACAGAGUACAUCUAUGCCACUGAUAGAGACAGCGACAACAGCAGCCUGUCCUUCCUAAUUGUGCAGCAGCCGCAUCACGGUGUGGUACUGAGAAAAGGUGCAGCGGUGGACCGCUUCAUCCAGGCAGACAUCACUGCAGGGAUCAUCACAUAUAAACACUCAGAAGUAGAGAUUGGACUCAGUCCUCGCCAUGACACCAUCACCUUUGUCAUUUCUGACGGAGAGACGGAGACGCUGGCUUUAUGCUGCAGUGGAGGGAGUCCCGUCAGGGUCAGCAGCACUGCUCAUCUGAGGCAGACUCUACCCGUGUACGACCUCCAGAUCACCGUGUUUCCUGUUGACAGCCAACCACCUACGCUAGAAACACCAGACAUCUUUAAAGUGAAUGAAGGUGGGACGGCCCCGAUUACUGCGGCUCACCUGAAAGCCUCUGACAUGGACACAGUGCUGGACGAGCUGGUCAUCAGUCUGACCUCCCCGCCUCAGUUUGGCUACAUUGAAAAUGUCCUCCCCACUCCUGGUUUUGAGAAAAGCAACACCGGAGUGAGCAUAGCUUCUUUUUCAUACAAGGACAUCAUGGAGGGUCAUGUCAACUAUGUGCAGUCCAGACAUCAGAGGGUGGAGCCAACAGCUGACCACCUGAUGCUCUGUGUCACAGACGGCAAACACAGCUCCGCCCAUGUCUCUUUCUACAUCAUUAUAAACCCCACAAAUGAUGAAGCCCCAGAGUUUGUGGCUCACAACAUCACAGUACAAGAGGGAAAAAUGAAGCAGCUGGACUCGUCUGUCUUACAUGCGACGGAUCUGGACAUCCCCAAGAACGUGUUGCUCUUUAGUGUGGCCACACCCCCUCGACACGGCAGCAUCAUCACCCACAGCAGGGGAGACAGCAAGAAACGAGAGACCCAGCACCAGCUUCCUGUUGUUGCCUUUACUAUGGCAGAUCUUAUAAAUGAUAUGGAUGUGAUGUACGUGCACGAUGACUCUGAGAGUGCGGAGGAUAGUUUCACCAUGCAGCUGACUGAUGGACGGCACCAAGUCCUGAAACAGGUGAUGGUUAAAGUGCUGCGAGUCAAUGAUGAGAAGCCCCAUCUUAUCAGGAACACCGGCCUAGACGUGGAGCCAGGUGAAGCCAGACUGAUAUCCAGCGCGUCACUGUUGGCACAGGACCGUGACACGCCUUCCUCAGAGCUCAUGUACAUUUUUGAAAGCGUCCCAACCCAAGGACUGCUUCAGCUUAAAGAACAUCAGGGCUGGGUCACACUGGCUGCUGGGAACAACUGCACCCAAGAAAUGGUCGACAUGAACCUUCUACGUUAUGUGAACACAGGCCGUCGUGCUGCUAACAGCCAGGAUUUCUUUGUCUUCCAUUUGCUGGAUGGAAAGAAUGAAUCACCCUCACAGCACUUCCAGAUCUCCAUCAAAGACCUAGACCAAGGAAACAUUGUUGUCUUUGUGAAACCAGCGAACGUCAGCCGUGGAGAUCGUAUUGUUCUCACCACCGAUGUGCUGCUAGCCACAGAUGGCACAGACAAGCCAGAGGAGCUUCUGUACACCAUCACCAGUCCGCCUGCUCACGGACACAUAGAGUACAUGAAACAUCCCGGCCUCAUCAUUUCUACCUUCAGCCAGAUGGACAUAGCAGCCAACCUCGUGGCUUAUGUCCAUGAUAGCCGAGCCAGCACUCCCAAAGAAACCUUCCAGUUUAUUGUGAGCAAUGGUAAAACCAGCCUAAAUGGCAGCUUUGAGAUCGGGGUGGAAACGGUGGAUCGUAUCUUACCAUCUCUGUCCUCCAACAAAGUCCUCACGCUGCCCCAGGGAGCCUCCUUUAUCCUGGGUCCAGACUACCUGUCUCUGUCAGACCCUGACACUCCACCCAGCACGCUGACAUUUGUCCUUUCACAGCCGCCACAGUACGGCAGACUAGUUUUAGCUGGUGAAACACUGAGCACAGGUUCUAAUUUCACCCAGAGAGACAUAGAGGAGCUGGAGGUGGCAUAUAAACACGAUGGGGGGCCGUCACAGAUAGACCGAUUCUCCUUCACUGGCUCUGACAGCACUAAUCGAGGGUUCCUGCUGGACGGGCUGUUACACAGAGAGCCUGUUUUCUUCACAAUUCAGAUCAGGCCUUUGGAUAAGUCGCCUCCUAAGGUUGUGAAACUGCUUCCUCUCUGGAAAGCAGAGCGUUUAGCUGACGGCCGAUACGGCAUCUUUCUGUCAUCCCAAGAACUGAAGGCUCGAGACAUCAACAGCAGAGAAGAAGAGCUCACAUUCUGUAUAGUUCGCCCUCCACACUUUGGUUUCCUAGAAAACAUUACCACAGGUGGUUUUGUGCCGCAGCGCUUCUUGCAGAUGGAGCUAAACAAGAGAUCUAUUGUAUAUAUCAUCAGUCUGGACACGGAGUCUCUCUCAGACAGCCUGGAGUUCAGAGUGUCCGAUCUGCUGGGAAACACAGGGCCUCGUCACGUACUCGAGUUCAGGUGGUCCCGGGUGGAGCUGCUACAGACCGAGUCUUCAGCAUGCGAGGAGCAGGGAACGAUCUCACUGGACAUCAUUCGUCGGGGGAAUUUGGCCGUAUCCUCAUAUAUUGCUGUCAAGGUAAAUGAGGUCACUGCAACUGCUGGAAAGGAUUUCCUCACAAACCCUUCUGCACUCGUCCAGUUUGAUCCAGGAGUGUCAAAGCGAAGGUGGCAAAUGGAGAUUAUUCACGAUCACCUUGAGGAGGCUGAGGAGACAUUUGAGGUGGUGCUAGUCUCUCCUGUAAGCACGGUCAUUGGCAGCAUCAACAAAGCUACGCUCACCAUCAGAGACUCAGCAGGAGGGCAGUGCAGGCUAGAGCAGAAUCAGGAGGCUCCUGUUCUUGGAGGACAGGAGAUCCAGUCCAACACGUACCCCCAGCAUGGAUCCAUACACCUAGAGAAACUUCCUCUUGGGACAGACUCCAUCAUCUGGACGCGUGGAGACAGCAUCUCCAGGCCAGGAGCAGGACUCCCCCAAAAGAAACUCAGAGUCAGAGGCAAUGCAAAGUCAAUUGCACCAUCAUCAGUUUUUCACAAUGGAACAGACACAGUUUACACAUAUCAUGGCAUCAUCCAAAUGCAAGUAGAAGAUGACACCUCACCAUCCAGGAAGGGCAGAAAGGCAAACAUCCAGGUGGUUAGCAGGGGGGCACACCAGCGUCAGUCAGAGGGGUCCAAGUCCCAUCCUCACAGAAACAUCUUAACACCUCAAAAAGCUGGCGUGGCUACGGAACAUACUACAGCUGGUAACCCCGUCCCCAAACCCUGUGUGCCAGAACUUAGAGGCCUGCUUCAUUUUAACCAAGCUACCAAUGAGCUCUUUCACUGCAACGGUGUCUCCUGGAAACCCUGGGCACCAACUGAUCAGAUGGUGAGUGCUCAGAUGUGUCCUCAGGGCUCCACCUUUCAUGGUGGUUAUUGCUACAUCCUCAGUACUGAACGCAAGCUGACGUGGAGUGAAGCAAACAGGGCCUGCAGGGAAAGGUUUAAAGCAACACUGGCAAGUGUUGCGUCUAAAGCUGACAUGGACUGGCUGUGGGACUUUGGUGGAAGAAAGCCUUUCUGGAUCGGUCUGAACGACAGGGAGGGCGGAGGGCGCUGGGAGUGGGCCGGAGGCGAGCCGGUCGGCUACACCAACUGGACAAAAAUGCUUCCUCAGACAAAAAAGAAGGAAAGCAAAAAGUGUGUUCUGGUUUGGAGGAGGGCAAAGUGGCAAAUCAGGGACUGUAAGACGAGCAGAGGUCAUCGCUUUGUCUGCUCGCUUAAAAUCUGAAUUGAGCACCAUCCAGUCCAGUCCAGUACAGUCCAGCACAGUCCAGUACAGUCCAGUCCAGUCCAGUCCAGCACAGUCCAGUACAGUCCAGCACCGUCCAGUCCAGUCCAGUCCA